CAGCUAGUGCUAAUAUUUCUCUUACAGUUUAUGCUACUCCAAGUCCAGUAGUAGAGAUAAAUCUAGUAACUAUGGGUAUUGCUGAACCUGGUGAAGAAUACAUGUUAAAUUGUACAGUGACAGUUGUUGAUAGACUCAUAGUCUCACCAGUGAUAACAUGGACUAAGAGAUCAGCUAACAAUGUUAUUAGUGUACCUCCAGUUCUUAUGACUCUAUCUAAUGUAAUGAGUUCUCUUUAUUUGAGAUUUUCUUCUCUCAAUACUUCUGAUGCUGGUCUGUAUACUUGUGAAGCCUCCAUUAAUGUUAGUCAGAUAUCCAUGGUAGCAAGUAAUCACACUUCAGAUUUACCAUUAGACAUUCCCAAUCCAUCUGUUGAUGUGAGUCUAUCAAGAGAGGAUUAUUUCUUAGCUGGCAGUAACCUGAUACUAACAUGUGAUAUCAGUGUUGAUCCUAAUGUUGACACACCAUUCACUGUUGAUGUAACCUGGAACAUAACUGAUCAACAGAUCAUGAAUCGUGUUAAUAUCAGCUCCGUUAUGAUGGGAUCAAGUUUUAAUGAGUAUAGGUCAAUACUUAAUUUCACUACAUUGAGCAGUAUUGAGGAUUCAGGAACAUAUACAUGUAUUGUUACUAUAGUACCAGCUCCAGCUGCUUAUGAACAUGUUAUGACUUCUGAUACUAAUUACAUGAGUGUUAACUUAACUGUUACUGAUCCAAUUAUUGGAAGUUUUUCUGCUUCCCCUGACUCAUUUCUUAGUCUGGAGACAUCAUGUCCUGAUUCAGACCCAUAUGAUAACUUCACUCUUACCUGUACAGCCACUAAACCAACCAUAGUAAAACCAAACCUGGUAAUAGCAUGGACACAUAAUGGUACAAUAGAAACUGGUACUGUGACUACUACUGGAGAGGAUACUAUGACUACCACUGUUACUAAUACAUUGAGUUUUAAUGCCAGUAGGCCUUCUGAUUCUGGUACUUAUAGAUGUACUGCUAGUAUUACUAUACCUGAUUCAACUGGUAUCACUACUAGUGAGGAAAGCACUGUGACUAUAAGAUCCCCGGCCCUACCUGUUCCUGCUAUUAAUGUAACAGCUACUCCAGGAACAACUACUGCUGCUAUAUCAUUCAUAAUACCUAACAUUACCUAUACACCUGAAACCUACAGUGUUAAGUAUACUGGAGCAAUCUUACAAACAACAGAAGCAACUUCUAUCAUAAGAAUGAGCCCUGAUGACAUCACUGCAAUUAACCAAGAAUUUACAAUCAUGUUAAAUGGUCUUGAGGAAGAUAACACUUAUGCAUAUACAGUUGAUUCUACCAAUUGUCUUGGUACCACUAGUACUGUAGAGAUGAGCUUCAGAACACUUCCAACAUUGCCAGUGGCUCCUCCAAUGGAUUGUACCAAUAUAACAUUCUUACCAAGUAAUGUCACACUUAUCUGGACUGGACCAACGCUAAUAGAUCAAAAUGGAGUACCAGUUGGUUAUAAUUUAACAUGUAUAAAUACUAAUGGUGUAUCAGUCAAUGGAUUGAGCCCAACACAAACUUCAACAAACACAAUGUUCACUAUUACUGAUGUUAUGCCUUUUACUAGUCGACCCGAGUUUGGUUCACUACCUCCUCGUCCAACUAAGGGUGUAAGAUUGUUUCUUGGUGAGGAGAAUGUGACUAUUGCUAAUUUCUCAAUGAUAGCUGCUGGCCUGUUUCAUGAUAAAGAUGUAGAUAGGCCUGAUGGUAUUGCUACUAAUAGUCCUAUUGGUCCUGAUGGUCAGAAUGAUGGUUUGUGGUGUCAGAGUUCUCUUAAUCAGAAUAUGAUAGGAACAUGGUAUUAUUCUGAUGGAACAACUGUACCAUCUGGUUCUACUGAUGGUAACGAUGAUCCUAGUCCUCUGUUUGCUAACAACACUGCUACUGGUCAAAUUGGUUUGUUAAGAAAUGGAGGAAUAGCAAGUGUUCAAGGACUAUACAGUUGUGUUAUACCAAAUGAAGAAGGAAUUGAUCAGACAUUGUAUGUUGCUGCUUAUGGUAAUAACGAUUUUAUUAGAAAUGAUGAAUAUCCAAUGAUUGAUGGCAGUAGUCCCUCCUUCCAGCUCCUCUCAUCAGUUGAUGCUGAUCCUCCAGUGUUUAGUUUAUCAUUUAAUGUCACUAAUAGAUCACCAACAAUAGUCACUUGCUCUGUUGAUAAUGGAAACCAGUUUAAUGUAUCUGAUAGUGAUCUGAUACGUACUGUAACACCAGUUAAUAAUGAUGUACAAGUACAAGUAUCAGUAAUAUUUAGAAUGAGAGUGUCUGGCCUGUAUAAAUGUUUUGUUACUGCUGACAGAAUUAAAGCUACACCUUUAGUAUCUACUAAUAUGACAACAAGGAAUGUUACUGGUAGUAACUGGAUCUCCAUCAAACUUGACCUACAGCAAAAAUAG